UCGCCAGAGGUAUAAUGGACUGCAUUAGAUGGCUUUCGCGACAGCUGAGCAUUGGGAAGAGAGCACCGCCAGCGAAGCUGACCAUCGUGACUGGCUCUGCUCGUACUCAACCCUCCGCAAGAUAGUGCUUGACCUCCUGAACCACUGGCCACCGCCACUGCCGAACAUACUACUGGUCGGCACGGGCAUCUCCACUUUCGCGGAGGAUCUCUACGACAGCGGCUUCAAGUACAUCACCGUCCUAGACUUCGCGGCCAGCGCGGCAGAGGUCCACCGCCAGCGAGCCGCCCGCCCGGCGCGCACUGGGCUGCGGGUGGUGCAGCGCAGCGUUGACGAGGCGGAGUGGCCUGAGCUGGAUGGCACGCCGGAUGGUGGCCGGGAGUUCGGCAUUGUGCUGGACAAGGGCGUCAUGGAUUGCUUGCUGACGGCACGGGACGGCAUCGACCGCGCCGGUGCCGCCGUGGCCAACGUGUUCAGCCGUAUGACCACACCCGGCGUUUGGAUCUCCGUCUCUCACUCGCCGCCAGGCCAGCGGCGCGACAUGUACUGCAUCACCGCCGCCUCAGCCGCCGGGCUCAGCCCCGUGUACUGGCACGAGUUCAAGGUGAAGCGGGUGCGGCUGCCGGCGCUGGAGUACGCCGCGACCAGCACACUGCCGGGUCCGGAGCAGGUCGAGGACAUGCCCGAAGCGGGCUUUAAGUUGUUGGCAACGCCCGACGGCACGGACCCACAGCCUCCCGGUGUGGCAGGCAGAACGGCCGCCGCCGGCGUUGGAGGCACAGCAGCGCAUGGGGCGGCGCAAGGGCGGGCACAGCAAGGGGAGGCUGAUGAACUGGAUUUUCAGGAGGACGUUGCAUACAUUUACAUGAUGACCAAGUAAAUCCCGAAUCAUUCAUGGCAUGUGCGGAGUCACAGUCGGGUGUGGCUUCAGGCAUGAGGGAUGCUGUGACACGACUUGCGCACAUGCAGCUCCCCUUCACGCUGUGACACAUGCUGGAUCCCUCCGUAGCCCAUCGGAGGACUGGUGAAGAUUGCAGUUUAUUCAUGCACGGUGUAUUUGAAGGUUGUUAAGCACCAGGACUUGAUCGGGGCGGAUUGUGAUUGCUAGGCCAGCUUGCGGGCUUGCGUGGGCUGUAGCACGUGUCCGACUUGGCCACAGCUCAGCUGCGCAGCCCCGGGGUAUCCCGGCUGUGGGGACCCGCGCCUUCCUGUAACGAUGGGCUAUU